AUGUCGUCAAAGUCUAUCGCUCCGAUUGAAAUAGGGUCGUUCACGGCCUCAACGCCUGAAAAGACGGAAUUUAUUGGCAGCGCAAGCGGAGUCUUUUUCGUCAACACCGUCUUUCGCGCCUUUGCCGGAUCGGCUUACAGUUCCAAGGCGCUUGCUCCCAAUGAGCAAUCCACACAGAAUGACCCCGGAUCAGUCGACAGCCGACUCGUCGAUCCAGACACUCCCAUGCAACCGGACCACGAGGCCCUGGGAAUGAGGAUCCUUAUCGAGAACGAAACUGGCCCGAACUCGUAUGGCGUCAAAGGCCAUGGACUAGGUGUUGCGCCAGAGCAAGAGUCAGCCAAGGAGCUCCUCGUACUGUACCUGAAGAACUGGCAUCCUCUCUUCCCAUUUCUACAUGGGCCGACCCUCUAUGAAACAAUUCGCGCCUUGUAUGAGACCGAUGGGCCAAGGAAGCUGUCGCUAAGAAGCCGUUUAUGCCAUGCCAUCAUUUGUCAAUGCGUGUUCAACAUCGCAGCCCUUGACCAGCCAGAAGGCACUCUUGCUCUGGAAUCACGACUGGACUCACCGGCAAAAUUGCUCUCGCUCCUGGGAUAUGUUGCGAGCAACCACGAUAAUCGUUCAUUGCAGGCCUUGCUCGCCGCCCAGCUCUACCUUGUUGCGACCAUGUCUCUCCGAGCCGCGUCAACGAUAGGAGGUACUCUGACGCGCGUGAUGUUUCACGCAGGUUUCCACCGAUGCGCUUUCCGAUAUCCACAAUUAUCACCUCACGAGUGCGAUCUGCGGAAGAGGAUUUUCUGGAGUGCCUACGUGCUGGACCGCUACUUGAGUCAAGCACUUGGUCAUCCUCUGGGUAUUCAAGAUUCUGACCUGGAUGUUUGCAUCCCGGGGAUGGACGAACUUCAUAAGCCGGUCAAAACGAGCCAGCAAGUGUCAUCUGCGAGUCGGGAGCCCGCUGAGGGAGUCCUGGCUCACCUGCCUCGUGGCCAUCGCGGACGAGAGUCACGCUCGGAAGAAGCUACGGGCCCAGAAGAUGCUGGCGGUCCUGCGACUGGUUCUGAUUUGGAGUCAUCGGAUGCGAAUUCACCAAAUGAUGUCAACAUUUCACGGCCGUCCCAUACUUCCCAGAUCCUGGGUCACUAUGUGCUCUAUUGCCGGCUGACAGGCCAAGCACUCGAGAUAUUCCACAUCUCGCUUCAGAACCGGACAAUAAAUGCAGAACGAAUGAUGGAGCUUCAGUCCAAUGUUCACGCGUGGUGGAACGGUCUUCCCCAAGAGCUACAGGACGAGUACACCGGAGACGGGGUGAAGCUUGCUUCAACUUUUACCUUCUUCUUUUCAAUACUGUAUAAUCAUCUUUUGCUUCUCAGCAACCGUCCCUUUCUAUCUCUUUCGCCGAAGUCAUUGGAAUUCAAAUCGAGUCUGCAGACGUGUAUUGCGGCAAGCCGACAGAUUAUUACGACCUCGCGGCGUCAACACGAGCGGGGUUUGGUUGUAUCGUGGCCUGGAAUGCUAUCAGCGACAUGGAUGGCGGGCUUGGUUUUGGCUUUCGCUUGCACUUUAAAACGAUACCCAUUCAGCAAAGCCCAAAGGGAGAUCCAGGAUUCAAUUUGUAGUCUCUCAGCAAUGGCAAAGAGCUGGAAUAACGCGAGGCACUGUGCAGAGGCACUCCAGUCCCUCUUAGAGACUCUGACAACCCAAUAUAAUGGGAGGCUUAGUGCCCUGACCUCUCCUCCGUCGUCCUCUAGCAUGGGCGACCCAGGGACGGCAAUGCUAGCAGCGAUCGGAGGACCAACAGAGCCAAUCGCUCCGCAGCUCCCUUUAAGUGAAACGAAUGAACCUUGCAGGAAGAGGAAGAGGACCAGCCAGGAGCAACAACGACAGAACCGGCCACAAGGCGAGUUACCUGAUGUAAGAAAUGGCCGCUCGAAUCAAUCUCAAACAAUCAACCAAGAUUUUGACCAAUUGCCGAGCCUUAACAGUGGAGCAAUGUUCCCCAUUCUUGAAUACACAGGCCCGGAUUUUGGCUUCAGCAAUGGACAGUAUCCAACCAUGGACGACUUUGAGUUCCUCGGUCUGCCGGUUUCGGAUGAUCUGUACCCAAACAAUCCUGGUGCCUUUGGUAAUAUUGGCUGGGAGGCAAUGGCUAAUGGUUCUGGGAACAUGCAAAGCUGGGCCGUUUGGGGCACCCCAAAGUACUGA